AUCAGUCCUUUUCUCCUUCUCCAUUUCUCAGCAGAGCCCCUCUCUCUCUCUCUCUCUUGAUUAUGGGAGCUCGGAGGGGAAAGCUUUCACUGGGUAAGGUCUCUGAGCUUCUCGCGUGAACGUUCCCGGCCACCGCUGUCGCCGCCUCUCUCGCCCCAGCUCGUCCGGCAGUCCUCAAUUUGCUUCUGAUUGACGAAUUAAAACCCCGAUCUCGGAAAAUUCGGGGCUUUAGGGUUCUUGCUCCGAUCAUGGUGGCACUGCCCGUUUGCGUCCUUGGAUUCUCCUUUUAGUGCUCGUUCUUGCAUUCUGAAGGCAGAGUCAGUGAACUAUAGCUGGAAGAUGGCAUCGUCACAGAAUGUAGAGUUGGAGGCUGCGAAGUUUCUGCAGAAACUCAUUCAAGAAUCUAAAGAUGAGCCUGCGAAACUGGCCACGAAACUCUAUGUGAUUUUGCAGCACAUGAAAUCUAGUGGGAAAGAGCAUUCGAUGCCAUAUCAAGUGAUAUCAAGGGCCAUGGAGACUGUAAUUAAUCAACAUGGUUUAGAUAUCGAGGCUCUAAAGUCUUCUCGGCUUCCAUUAUCCAGUGGGUCUCAAACAGGGGAUUGUACAACAUCUAAACAUACAGAAUCUCUGCAGGCAGCUGGGAUUUCAACAAAUACUAAUGCAGGGGUGGCUGAACAAGAGAUGUCCAAAAGCAGCAGUUUUGCAUCGGGAAGGGCAGUUGUCGGUCCAAGUUCAGGGGGCCAUGAGUAUUAUCAGGGGUCUCUAACUCAUAGGAGUAAUCAGUCAUUUGAUCAAGAGAGUCCCUCUAGUUUAGAUACCAGGUCUGCCAAUUCACAAUCCCAGGAGAAGCGAGAUUCUGCAAGUUAUGCGAGGCAAGGGACUCAAAAAGAUGGCAAAAAAGUUGACUCUAAGAGGAAAAGAGGGGAUUCAUCAGCUGUCAUGGAACCUCAUGUCGAGAACCCCCAAAAACUUGAUACUAAUAACCCAGUCAAUCCAAGGAAGGGGAAAAUGAGCAAAGUUGACAUGGCAGGGGUCCCUGCCAGAGGUGUUGAUCAUGGAAACUUUAAUAUUUCCCUGAAUAGUAGUCAGAUGGAGCAUCUUCAAUCUUCUCUGAGGUUAAAGCAAGAAGACCAAAUUCAAUCAGGUGGAACACUAUAUGACCACCAUGGUUUAAGCACAAAAAUUCAUGAGCAGAGGAACAUGGAUCCCUUCAUUGCUGGAAGUUCUUCUCCUUUUGAACAAUGUGAUGAUGGUCGAAGCACUGUGAUUCCAGAAACGAAUGUGCCUAGAAAUGCAGCUGUCAGAGAUACUGAAAAAUCUCUUGUUUCCAGGGCUUCUGCCGUACCUGGCACUCCUUUCAGUGAGCAGCAGUUGAAGCAGCUCAGAGCUCAAUGCCUUGUUUUCUUAGCCUUUAGAAAUGGUUUGACACCUAAGCCAUUACAUCUUGAAAUUGCCCUUGGAAAUAUCUUCCCCAGAGAUGUAGGAAGUGCUCAAGGUGGAAUUCGUCAAGAGCCAGAUCAGAAGGGAAAUUUGCAGGCAUCCAAUGAGCCAAGUAAACUUCUUGAUCCCGUCAUGCCAUCUGGGAGAGCAUUUAAUGCGAGAGAAACUGAGAAGAUUCUUCCUGGUUUUUCAUCAGCUGGAAGUCUCUCAGCUACCCAUUUGUCAGCUGCUGAAGCUAGGGAUUCAACAAUGCUGGACCAUAAUAGGAAUUUUGGCGUUGAAGUGCAAAAUCAAAAUGCAGAACUGCAGACAAUUCCACCCACAGAAUUGAAGUAUUUAAAUUCUUCAAGCAUGGCGAACCUAGCUACUAGCAAUGGGCUGAGCAGUCUGGGAAGAGAUCAUCUGCAAGGUGCCAAGACUAAUCUUGCCACUCCCCUACCUGUAAUGAACCAGCAGGUGAAUUUAGAGACAUUCAAGCAGACUAGCUUUGGUGGUAUUAGCGAGGCUCCUGGAGGAUCACUGGUAUCUUCUGCUGUCAGAGAACAUUGGAAGUCAGUCCCAGGAAGUAAUGCUGAACGUCAAAUAGUCUCUGGAAUGGAUAGCCACCCUGAAAUGCCAAGAGAGAUGCCUCAUGAAAAAUCAAUGGAAGAAGACGAGGAGGACGAAUCCGCUUCUAUGGUUUUACCACCUCCGAAGUACACCAUGUUGGAGAAGUGGGUUAUGGAUCACCAGAAAAAGAAACUCUUAGUUCAGAGAAAUCAGUUACUGAAGCAGCAGAAGUCUGAGCAAAGAAUUGCCAGUUGUUAUGAUCGAUUAAAGAAAACUGUGAGCAUGUCUGAGGACAUAUCAGCCAAGACCAAAAGUGUCAUAGAAUUGAAGAAACUCCAGCUACUGGCUCUCCAAAGACGGCUCCGAGGCGAUUUCCUUGGUGAUUUCUUUAAGCCAAUAGUAACUGAUAUGGACCAUUUGAGGUCAUUCAAAAAGCACAGGCAUGGAAGGAGGAUAAAACAAAUUGAAAAAUAUGAGCUGAAAAUGAAGGAAGAGCGGCAAAAGAGAAUCCGUGAGAGGCAGAAGGAGUUUUUCAGUGAUAUCGAAGUUCAUAAGGAACGAUUGGAAGAUGUUUUUAAAGCUAAGAGAGAACGCUUGAAGGGCUUCAAUAAAUAUGCGAAGGAGCUUCACAAAAGAAAGGAAAGAAUACAUCGGGAGAAGAUUGACAGGAUCCAGCGCGAGAAGAUUACUCUGCUGAAGAUCAAUGAUGUUGAAGGUUACUUGCGGAUGGUGCAGGAUGCAAAAUCAGAUCGUGUAAAGCAGUUACUCAAGGAAACCGAGAAAUAUCUCCAAAAGCUUGGAUCCAAGCUACAAGAGGCUAAGGCUGUUGCCAGACCCUUUGAGAAUGAUGCAGAUGAGUUGGAAACCGCAAGUUUUCUGGAGAACAGUGAAACUGCUGGUGAGAAUGAAGAUGAAAGCGACCAGGCGAAACAUUAUAAAGAAAGCAAUGAAAAAUAUUACCUGAUGGCUCACAGUAUAAAAGAGAGCAUUGCAGAACAGCCUACUAUGCUUCAUGGUGGGAAAUUGAGGGAGUACCAAAUGAAUGGUCUGAGGUGGUUGGUGUCACUUUACAACAAUCAUUUAAAUGGAAUCCUCGCUGAUGAGAUGGGCCUUGGGAAAACAGUUCAGGUGAUCUCCCUAAUCUGUUAUCUGAUGGAAACCAAGAACGAUAGGGGACCUUUCUUGGUUGUGGUUCCAUCUUCGGUUCUGCCUGGUUGGGAGUCAGAAAUCAACUUUUGGGCCCCUGCUGUGCACAAAAUAGUCUAUGCUGGGCAGCCAGAGGAAAGGCGCCGGUUAUUCAAGGAAAAGAUAGUUCAUCAGAAAUUUAAUGUUCUGUUGACAACAUAUGAAUAUCUGAUGAACAAGCAUGAUAGACCCAAAUUAAGCAAGAUACAUUGGCACUACAUCAUAAUUGAUGAAGGGCAUCGAAUCAAGAAUGCUUCUUGCAAGUUAAAUGCUGAGCUGAAGCACUACCGAAGUUAUCACCGGUUGCUGUUAACGGGAACACCAUUGCAGAACAAUCUUGAGGAGCUAUGGGCAUUGCUUAACUUCUUGUUGCCGAACAUUUUCAAUUCAUCUGAGGAUUUUUCUCAAUGGUUUAACAAACCAUUUCAAAGCAGUGGCGAUAGUUCAGCAGAGGAAGCAUUACUUUCCGAGGAGGAGAAUCUCUUGAUUAUAAACCGUCUUCACCAAGUUCUUAGACCGUUUGUGCUUCGGAGAUUGAAACAUAAGGUUGAAAAUGAACUGCCCGAAAAGAUUGAAAGACUCGUAAGAUGUGAGCCCUCUGCGUAUCAAAAGCUUUUGAUGAAGAGGGUUGAGGAAAAUCUUGGGUCACUUGGAAAUUUUAAGGCAAGAUCAGUGCAGAACUCAGUCAUGGAGCUUCGUAAUAUAUGCAAUCAUCCUUAUCUCAGCCAACUUCAUGCAGAUGAGGUUGAUAAUUUAAUACCGAAGCAUUAUCUACCUCCGAUUAUUAGGCUCUGCGGGAAGCUUGAGAUGUUGGAUAGGCUGCUACCAAAACUAAAGGCGACUGAUCAUCGGGUGCUUUUCUUUUCCACCAUGACAAGGCUGCUUGAUGUGAUGGAGGAAUAUCUCAACUUGAAACAUUAUCGGUAUCUUCGAUUAGAUGGGCACACUUCUGGUGGUGAUCGGGGUGCUCUUAUUGACUUAUUCAACCAACCAAAUUCUCCCUUUUUUAUAUUUUUGCUCAGCAUUCGGGCUGGUGGUGUUGGAGUGAAUCUUCAAGCUGCGGAUACAGUCAUUAUAUUUGACACUGACUGGAACCCUCAGGUUGAUCUCCAAGCACAAGCAAGGGCACAUAGGAUCGGCCAAAAAAAGGACGUGCUUGUUCUUAGAUUUGAAACAGUUCAAACUGUUGAGGAGCAAGUUAGAGCUGCAGCAGAACACAAGCUUGGAGUUGCCAAUCAGAGCAUUACUGCUGGUUUCUUUGAUAAUAACACGAGUGCUGAAGAUAGGAGGGAGUACUUGGAGUCUCUACUACGGGAGUGUAAGAAAGAGGAAGCUUCUCCUGUGUUGGAUGAUGAUGCUCUCAAUGACUUAAUAGCUCGCAGUGAGUCAGAGAUUGAUAUAUUUGAAGCAGUUGACGGAAAAAGGCGUGAAGAAGAGAUGGCAAUGUGGACAAAGCUGGUGCAAGGACAGGGAAAAGAUGGUUCUGAGCCUGUAGCCCCCUUGCCUUCCCGUCUUGUAACUGAUGAGGACUUGAAAAUGUUCUACGAAGCAAUGAAGGUAUUUGAAACCCCGAAGACUGGUGCAUCAUCAAGUGUUGGAGUGAAACGGAAAUCUGAAUAUGGUGGCCUCGAUACUCAGCAUUAUGGAAGGGGUAAAAGGGCAAGAGAGCAGGUGCGAUCGUAUGAGGAGCAAAUGACUGAAGAGGAAUUUGAGAGGAUGUGCCAGGCUGAGUCUCCUGGAUCUCCCAAACCAGAGGAUAGAACACAUCUGACUGCAAAGGCAAUUGAGCCUGUAGCAGUUGUUAAGCAUGAGGAGUCUUCAGCUACACUCCAUUCUACUUCUGCCUCCAUUGGGCCACCACCAGUUCCCUUGGCCAAUCAGGUGACACCUCCAGCUAAACGUGGACGUGGGAGGCCAAAGAGAGUAGUCACAAAUGUAUCUCCCUCUGCUGUGCCUGUCCAGCCAUCUCCUGGAACGGGUCAAAUGAAAGUGGAGCCACAGAAGUUGCAAGCAACUUCUGCUCUGAAUCCAUCUACGGCACCGACUUCACAGGAGAAUACUGUGAUGACAACACCAAAUAAUCUUGUAGCCUCUCCCACCACUGGUUCUAAGUCUGCUGUUGGUAGCCCUCCUAUUCCCACGCAAGAGAAAGGACAUAGAAGAAAGACUCGCAUACAAGCUCCUCAGGAUAUGAUAACAACACAUGCUGUUGCUGGACUUACCUCCAACUCUCAAUCCAAUCCUUCAUUGGCAUCUUCUACUUCUGGUUCUCAAUCUACAACUGCCCUUGCUUCCUCUCCCACACCAACACAAGAGAAAGGGCAAAGACGACGGGGUCAGAGUCGAGCAGAAGCAUCUCAGGAACUCCAUUCUGUCACUGGAGUCACAGCCAAGGUUCAACUCAGUCCUUCCAUGGCGUCUCCUACUACUGCUUCUCAACCUAAUCUUAGUAGCACUCCUCUUGCAACACUAGAAAAACCUGCUGUUGCAAUACAAGAGAGGGGAAGAAGACGGAAGACUCAGAGUCCAGUGAUUCAAAGUCCAGCAGAAGCACCACGGCGUAGGGGAAGGAGGAGGAGUUUAGGCACUGAUGCUCUUUCAAGUGGUGCUGGUCAGGAUCCAAAACUAUCUGAGCAGAUGCAAAAUAAGGCCAUGACACUGGGAGGUGAAACUGCUGGGGGAAGUGGAUCCACUGGCUCUGCAAUAGUGCAUGUUGCUGAAUCUACUGCAGCAGGAAACCUUAGUGGCAUUACACCAGGUAAAGAAGAGGAUGCUACUCAGGGAUCUGUAGAGGGAAUGAGGGAAAGGGUAUGUGGGCUUCCUGCACCUCAUGCUGUAUCGAGUCAGGAUCCCAAAUCCAUUGUUUCAGACAAUUCUACCAAAGGCAAACAGUCGACAAACUCCAAGAUUGGGCAUAAUGUGCGUUAUGUUGCUUCUAUGAUGAAAGAAAUCCUGUCUGCAUCCAAAAAUAAAGUUGGUGAGAGGUCAGAGGGUGAUAAUCGGGAUUCCCCUCCUUUAUCAGUAUCAGGUAGUACCUCAAAUGAAGUGACUGGGGGAAAGCAUUCAGAGGAUCAAACACGUUCAUCUGCUUCAGGAGUUACUGCUCCAGGGGUCAACCUUCCGUCUGGAAGCAAGGAUGAUCAAGCUGGGGGAGAAGCUGCUGCAACACAUGAGAAAAUGGAGAAAAAAGCGGCUCUAACUAUCCCUAAAGAGGUAAUCGAGGAGAGCUUGGAGGAAAUGCCUGCUGUUCCUCCUGGAUUCGAGACACUUAAAAGAGUGUCACCACCAAAUCAGAAUCGGGAGUCCUCUGAUCAUGGGGGCAUAGAUAUUCCAAGCACGCCCCCAUUUUCAAUUAAUGUUGCAGAAAAUGUCGAAAUCGGUGGAGCUUCUGCUGAUAAGGUGAUAUCCGCUGCAUCAGUUUCAGAAACAGUAACUUUAGAAGCAGAUAGAAAAUCUCAUGAGGUCAUUGAUGGUGUCUUGAAUCAGGAUUUCAGCUCUACAGCUGAAUUAAUAAAGGAUUCUAGUAGUAACUUGAUUGUGGAGAGCAAGGAGGAGGCUCUUCAUGCAGCUACAAGUAUUGAGCAAAGUAAUGAUGAAACCUCUGAGAAAAUACCUGCUUCUGAUAGCGAGGGUCAAGUGCAUCCUGCAGCUGUAGAAGAAGCUCAUGGCGGAGUUCAACAAGUGCCCAAAGAAGCUCCUGGUGAAGUUCAACAAGUGCCAACUGGUGAAUAUAAUGAUGUAAAUCUUGAAGAUCAUGGUGUCAUAGUGCAACAUGAUGAAAAUAAGGUGCCCUCUCAGCAAGAUUUACCUGAUGCCCUGCUGCCCAUGAAAGAUGAUAUUGAUGAGUUUGUUGAAAAAACUUCUGGCCAACAUGAUUCUGAAGGGCAGCAGCCACAGGAAGUGGGAAACACUGAGGCUGACACUGUUGAAGUUCAUGGCGAACCUUGCUCUCCAGAAGUCGAAGAGUCUGUUGAUAAGUUUUCUGAUAUGGCCACUGAUCUGGAUAAGGAGAAAGCUGCGGCUGACAGCUCGAUAAAAGUUGCUGAAUCAGAAAAGCAUGAAGAAGAAAUUAGUCAUCAGAUGGACAUUUCUGAUCCCAGUGUUUCUUCUCGCAUUAAUUUGAAUCCGCAGCAGUCUUCCGCAGCAGCAGAGAAAAAGGUGGAGGACACCUCUGUCGGGGCUCAUGUUGGCAUCUCUGCAGAUAUGGAAGAACCCUCUGAUAUUGCUGACCCAAGAACUGCUGCCAACCAUGAAUCUGCGGCUUCCUUGGAAGCAGAGAAAGGAAAGAGUGGGGGCUUGACAGAGAAGGAAGCUAUGGGAAGCUUGUUGCGUGAAGAUGGCUGUGAAAUGGAUGGUUCUGAGGCCAAUCCAGAGACAGCGAACAAGGUUUCUGAAAAUGUAUUGCAGAAUUUGGCCCUAGCAGAUGAUUCUGUAGCUACUGUGGAUUCGUCGACCCCCUCAACGGGAGAGGGAGAAAAAAAUGAUGGCUUGAUAGGAGGAGCAGGAAGCAGCUUAUUGCGUGAAACUGGUGCUCAAAUGGCUGUUGUUGAGGAGCAGUCUAAUCUGGAGACAGCAGAAGUGUGCGUAGCACAACCAGAUGAAUCUGCAGCUAAAAGAGAAUCAAAUUUCAUUGCACGUGAGCCCAAUUCUCUUGACACGGUAUCCAUUAUAAUACCACAGGCUGAACCAGAGAAUAAGAGCAGUACCUGUGAAUUAGAAGAGAAGCAGCCGGCACUUCCUGGGGAUUCUACUAUUAUUGAAGCAUCAUCAAUCCUGGCACUCGGAACUGAUUCUCUUGAUAAGGCUGAACCAAAACCUGAGAGUGAUGUUCAGGAUACCGUGAAGGAGCAAUUGGAGCAUCUGGAUGAUUCUAUGUGUGAUACAUCUUUGGAUGAGGCUAAACCAAAACCGGUAAGUGAUGUUGAGGAUACCAUGAAGGAGCAAUUGGAGCAUCCAGAUGAUUCUUCGUGUGAUGAAUCUUUGGAAGAGGCUAUAACAAAACCUCCAAAUGACUUUGAGGAUACCAUGAAGGAGCAAUUGGAGCAUCCUGAUGAAUCUAUGCGUGAUGAUUCCUUGGAUGGGGCUAAACUGGAAACCACAGAUGCAGUCAGUGAAGCAAAAGAUGUGCAAUUAGAACUCCCAGGAAGUCCUCCUGUUGCAAUCAAGUUACAAUCUGAAGUUCCUGAGUUUGAUUGUUUGUUGGAGCCUAAACUAGACACUAGCAAUGACGUGUUGAAGGAGCAAUUGCCACUAUCAGAUGAUGCUGUGGUUUCUGAAGAAUCAAACUUACCAGUUCCUGGAGCUGAUCUUGUGGAUGAUGCCAUUCCGCAGACUCUGGAUGAGGUCCCUGAGGAUAUGAAGGACCAAUCCGCAGCCAAUUUUGCAGUUGCAGGAGAUGUCCAUGCCUCUGGAUCAGAAUCUCUGGAUGAGGUCAAAUUGGAGACUGCUUCAAUCGGUCCUGCUAUUAAAAAUCCGCAGCUAACGACAAGGUUAGAAAAUGAAGAGAUUGCACAACCAGAAGAUUCUGCAGGGGCUGUAACAUUGGAGUCUGAUGUGCCCAGAUCUGAUUUGAAGGAUGAGGUCAAACAGGAUGCACUCCCAGCUAGUCAUGCUCUGGCAGAACUGCAAGGAUACGGUAGUCCAGAUGAGGUUAACGAGGAGACAGACUGUACCAAUUUAUCAAGAUCUGAGUUGGUACCAGAGAUAGAUGAAGCUUGUGAACCAGCGGAGGGAAAUAUGGUACUAACAGAAGAUUCUGCAGUUGCUGGACAAUCAAAAUUUGAUGUGCCUGGAGCUGAUUUGCCCAAAGAGGUCAAAGAAGAUACUGCUGCUGCCUGUCAGGCUAGUCAUGAAAUGCAAGAAAUUGUAGCUGGAGAUCAUGUUGAUGAGGAGGCUCCUCCUACCAUUGUACCUGAAUGUCAGUGGGAACCCAAUAUGAGCGAAGGUUGUGGACCAACAAAAGAACAGUCCACACCACCAGAAAGUUCUGCAGAUGCUAUACAAUCAAAGUCCAAUGUGGCUGAAACCCAUUUGCUGGAUGUCAUACCAGAGACUGCCCUGGCGGGCAAUGCUCUCCAUGAACCGGAAGACCAUGCAGGUCCAAGUCAGGUUGAGGAGGAGGUCCUUGAUGCAGUCUUACCUGGACAUGAUGUGGGACCCGAUGUAAGUGAGGCCCAUGUUCCAGUAGAGCAGCAGUUGGCAACAACAGGAGAUGCUCCAACUGGUGGAGAAUUGAUGUCUGAUAUGCCUGCUGCAGAUUUGCAUGAUAAGGUAAAACUGGAAACUCUACCAACUGAUCAUACUAUUCAGCAACAGCCAAAAGAUGCAAGUGCAGACACAGUGGAUGAGAAGUCCCAGUGUGUGGAUGAGAAGGCCCAGUGUAUGGAUGAGAAGGCCCAGUGUGUGGAUGAGAUGGCCCAGUGUGUGGAUGGGAAGGCUCACUGUCUGUUGGGAGCUGGUAGUAGUGAGGUUUGUGAAUCUGUAGGGGAAGAGUUGGCACUUCAAGAAGAGUCUGCAGGUCCUGAACCAUCGAGACUCGAUGGAGCUGGUGCCGAUUCCCAAAAUGGGGUUAUAGCACAGAUAGUAAAUGAGGCUUGUGAAACGGUAGACGAGCAGUCAGUUGUAAGAGAAGAUUCUUCUGUACCUGCAGAGUUGAGUUCUGCUGUCCCGGGAGCUGAAUUGCAGGAUGAGGUCAAACCAGAGACCAAAGAUGAUGUUCGUGUAGUCAAAGAACAAUCAGUACUGCAGGAAGACUCUGCAGUUCCUGGAGAGUCAAACUUCGCUACUCCUGGGGCUGAAUGGCCGGAUGAGGUUAAAGCAGAGACUGUAAGCGAGCCUUGUGAAACAGAAAAAGAGCAGACAGCAGUAUCAGAGGACCUUGCAGUUCCUGAAGAGGUUUGUGAAACUGUAGAGGAACAGUCUGUAGUCGCAGACGAUUCUGCAGUUCCUGCAGAGCUGAAUUCUACUGGUCCCGAUGCCGAAUCACGAGAUCAGGUUAAACCAGAGACUGUAGACGAGCCUUGUGAAACUGUAGAGGAACAGUCUGUAGUCGCAGACGAUUCUGCAGUUCCUGAAGAGUCGACUUCUACUGUUGAGGUGCAACCACAUAAUGUGAAUGACAUUUGUGACAAAAUAAAAGAACAAUCGCCACAACCAGAAGAUUCUGCGAUUGUCGAGGAGCUGAAGGGUGAUGGUGUUGGAGAUAAAUCACAGGACGAGGCCGAACCAAUGGAAGUUGAUGAGGUCUGUGAAACAGUGAAAGAGCAGCAGCAGACGACACAACCCGAAGAUUCUACAGUCUCCGGGGAGUCGAAGCUUGCUGCGGCAGAAGCCACCUCACAAGAUGAGUCAAAAUCAGAGUCGACCGACGACAGGCAUGCAUGAGAGAAGCAGUUGUACUGCCUGAUUUUUUGUUCCUUCCCCAGAUACUGAGGGUAGAGCUUUGCUUGUUCUCUGGACAAGGUAGAGACAGAUAUGGGACCAGAGGGAGUAUGCCGCUUUCCGUGUAUUGCUCGAUUGCUCGAGAUGCUGUAAAUUUAAUUUAGAUAGAAAUUAAUCGAGGUAGUCAUUAGUCAGAUCGAUGUAAAUGUUUAGUAGGCUUGCUUCUUCUGUAUGAACUCCUAUGCAUGAAUUAUAACCUUUGUACAUCACUUCAGGAAAACAUGAUUUUGUGAUGAACAAGUCAUUGUAUCAAUAUUUAUCAUUGAUUAAAUGAAAUGGGUCAUUGUUAAUAAAGCGGAGGCCAGUAAAAGAGUGUAAUUA